CAUUCCAUUCGCAUUUCCAACUUUCCCUGUCAAUUUUCCAGCCAUGGCUUCUCGCGAUCAAGAGGUGACACUGCUCAGCGCUUGGCCCAGCGUCUUUACCAUGCGAGUCAAGCUUGCACUAGUGCUCAAAGGCAUCGAGCACGAAGAUCUCCCCCAAGACCUUGGCAACAAGAGCAAGAUCCUGCUCGAAUCCAAUCCAGUUCACAAGAAGGUCCCCGUUCUCAUCCACAAGGGCAAGCCCAUCCUGGAAUCGGCCAUCAUUGUCCACUACAUCGACGAGGUCUGGCCCGAAACUAGCCCACUCUUGCCUCAGGACGCAUUCCUCCGCGCACAGCACCGCUUCUGGAGCGAUUUCAUCGACAAAAAGCUUUUCGACUCCUUGAUGCGAUUCUUGCGUAGUAACGGUGACGCGGCCGUGAACGAGGAGUUCAACCAAAACUGUUUGCUUCUCGAGGGAGCUCUGGCGGAGCUGGGCAGUGAGGAAGAGGGCCCCUUCUUUGGUGGCGCGAGCAUGUCGUUCUUGGAUGUGCUGCUGGCACCCUAUGCGGUGUGGAUCCCAGGAGUUGAGCAAGUGAUGGGCUUGAAGCCCGCGAAAUGCCCGCGUUUCCACAAGCUCUUGGCGGCCGCGGCCGAGCAUCCCUCGGCCAAAGUGGCGCUGCCGCAAGUCGAGAAGCUCAAGGAGUUUAUCCGGGUGCGCUAUGCGAGCAAGUGAGCGAUGACUGUUCACAAAGUCUAAUAAACCUUUUGCCCGACUGUCCUGGAAGAAGAUUGGAGUCAAGACGUUAGUGUCCUCCUCGCAGAUUGUGCUAAUCCUUGAGUUGUAGAAUCCCAGUGAUCGCCGGAGAAGAGGAGCUGGUCUUGCCUGAGCACGCCAGUGAGCGACGCCAAGACAUCCUGGAUUUCUUCCAUUUCCCCACUUGGAUUUCUCCACUAACUGAAACCCUUUUAGGGUCCACCUUAAUUUAAUGAUGUAAUAUCAAAACAAUAAAUAUUAAACUCCACAAAUGUGUUUCGGGCA